AUGAGUCCAACCUUUCGGAUACAUGAGGCUGUUGAUGAAUCUCAUCUUGGAGCUGAUGCCUUGACACCCCUCCGUGAUAUUGUCGACGACACUAGGUCUGACCUGACUUGUAGACGUAUCUCGCAAUGGCUUGCAAGAUGCGUAGAGCAUCAUGAUACUUGCAAGGCUAAAGCUAACUUCACCCCUACUCGGGUAAUAGCCGUGGGGUCUUCGGGUGAUAAUCAACGCUUAGACGGGGUCGUUAUAACCAACACAUGGAACUUCCAGAGACACUGCAUAAGCAUCGUACUCAAUUCCUUGGCUGCCACCAUUCAGGACGCAAUAUUUGUCUGCCGUGGUCUAGGCAUCCACUUUCUUUGGGUUGACGCACUCUGCAUUAUUCAAGAUGACGGCAACGAUUGGCUGCGGGAAUCGGCGCGUAUGCGGCUUGUGUAUUCGAACGCGUAUUUGACUAUUGUCGCCCACAACGCCGCAUCAUCUAAGGAAGGGUUCUUGGGCAAGCAAUUCUUUGGACAACCAAGUUGGCAGAGGCGAUUUUGUAGCAAUCGUGCGCGAUUACAACGGAAAUACCACUUACGAGUUGGAAUCGUGCCUUUCAGUCUCGAGAUGUGGCAAGAGUUCUCCAAGGUCGAAGAACGGGGUUGGACUUUGCAAGAGUGCAUUCUCUCUCCACGCCUUGUACACUUCACAGGCUUAGAACUGGUAUGGGAGUGUGAGCAAGGGCCAUCUCUCUGCGAAUGUGGGCAUAUGAUGGCGUGCGGGGCGGCAGGCCAACCGACCAAAACUCAGUUCUCACAGUAUGGGAUAGAUAACAUUACAAAUCAGAGUUGGAUGAGGUUGGUUGGGGAUUUCACAAGCCGCAAUCUCUCACGCCAAUCUGACAGGCUAAUAGCAUUGUCGGGGCUGGCGGAGAUGGUUUACGCCAGGACCAACAAGACACGCACUUAUUUGGCAGGCCUGUGGAGCUCGAAUCUUCAAGAACAGCUUCUCUGGCAUUCGUACAACACCCAGCGAUCCCGCCCGUCACCACCGACUGCUCCGAGCUGGUCUUGGGCUUCACUUGGCACCCCCAUCAUGUGGGAGGGUCCCUGGAUGGAACUUGGUCUCUCACAAGUCGAAGUUCACUACGACGAGUGCUUCUGCAAUCUCCUCGUCCAGAGCAAUGCUUUCGGAGCGGUCACUUCGGGGGAGCUCGCAAUAGAAGGCUUCGUCCAGGCGGUUUGUGUAGUUACUGUCGAAGCACCAAACAGCGCAAGCUCAGAUGCGCAAGAAAGUGGUCUCACGUUCCUUGGAGCGCCGAAUGGCGUGAGGAUAUUUGUCUUCUCUGAUUUGAGUCACGCCAUAGAUAUCCAGAGCGCAAACCCUCGUGCGCAGUGCUGGCGAGGGCAUUGUUCCUCGGAUGGCGAUGGAUGGUGCGGCAAGUGCAGACUAUCGCCAGAGAAAUGGCAGGAGGGAAGAUAUUAUUGUCUCCAAGUCGUAGCGAACCCAAUCGUGGGUAUAACCGUGGGUACUAACUUUUCGGGAGGACCCCCCAUUGAAGAGCUUCAAUUCUACUUCUUGUUACUGGAACGGUUUUCAGGUUCUGAGGAUAUCUUUGAACGGGUUGGAAUGGCGGGGUCUGAGUGUAUCGAUCCCCGCUCUUGGGGGCUUUCUCAGCGAUCAAAGUCACGAAAGGAUAAGAGCGGGGAAGAUAUUCUGCCCUUCUUCCCGGAUGCAGAGUGGAAGAAAAUCCGGAUUGUCUAA